GCGGAGCCGAGCCGCCGCUGCUGCCGCUGCCACCGCCGCAGCAGCGCCGGUCGCGGGGCGCGCUCGUCGCUGGAGCUGUAUAUGCGCGGGAGGAGCGGCGGAGGAUGGCAGUGCUCAAGCUCGCCGACCAGCCACCGCUGGUCCAAGCGAUUUUCAGUGGUGAUCCAGAAGAGAUACGGAUGCUGAUCUACAAAACUGAGGAUGUCAACGCCUUGGAUGCUGAGAAACGAACCCCUCUUCAUGUUGCAUCAUUCCUGGGGGAUGCAGACAUCAUUGAGUUGCUCAUUUUGUCAGGUGCUCGAGUUAAUGCCAAGGACAACAUGUGGCUGACUCCUCUCCAUCGAGCAGUUGCUUCAAGAAGUGAAGAAGCAGUGCAAGUAUUGAUCAAGCACUCAGCUGACGUCAAUGCUCGGGACAAGAACUGGCAGACCCCACUGCAUGUGGCAGCUGCCAACAAGGCAGUGAAGUGUGCAGAAGUCAUCAUCCCCAUGCUGAGCAGCGUCAAUGUCUCUGACCGGGGCGGGCGGACAGCGCUGCACCACGCAGCUCUCAAUGGCCACAUUGAGAUGGUGAACUUGCUCUUGGCCAAGGGGGCAAACAUCAACGCUUUUGACAAGAAGGACAGAAGAGCUCUUCACUGGGCAGCAUACAUGGGUCACCUGGAAGUUGUUGCCUUACUGAUUAAUCAUGGUGCAGAAGUGACUUGUAGAGACAAGAAGGGUUACACCCCACUUCAUGCAGCUGCAUCCAAUGGGCAGAUUAAUGUUGUGAAACAUCUCCUUAACCUGGGGGUAGAGACUGAUGAGAUGAACAUCUAUGGAAACACUGCACUUCACAUUGCCUGUUACAACGGUCAGGAUUCUGUUGUUAAUGAGCUGAUUGACUAUGGUGCUAAUGUAAAUCAGCCCAAUAAUAAUGGAUUCACUCCCCUGCACUUCGCUGCUGCCUCCACUCACGGAGCUCUGUGUCUUGAACUGCUGGUGAAUAAUGGGGCAGAUGUUAAUGUUCAGAGUAAGGAUGGGAAGAGCCCACUGCACAUGACAGCUGUCCAUGGGAGGUUCACACGAUCCCAGACCCUCAUUCAGAAUGGAGGAGAGAUUGACUGUGUUGAUAAGGAUGGCAACACCCCUCUGCAUGUGGCUGCGAGAUACGGACAUGAGCUUUUGAUUAACACCCUCAUAACCAGCGGAGCUGAUACUGCCAAGUGUGGGAUCCACAACAUGUUCCCUCUGCACUUGGCAGCGCUGAAUGCUCACUCAGACUGCUGCAGGAAGUUGUUGUCAUCGGGACAAAAGUAUAGCAUAGUGUCCUUGUUUAGUAAUGAGCCCGUGCUGUCUGCAGGCUUUGACAUAGACACCCCUGACAGCUUUGGAAGAACGUGCCUCCAUGCUGCUGCUGCUGGAGGUAAUGUUGAAUGUAUAAAACUCUUGCAAAGCAGUGGAGCAGAUUUUAAUAAGAAGGACAAAUGUGGGAGGAUACCUUUGCACUAUGCAGCUGCAAAUUGUCACUUCCACUGCAUUGAGACACUGGUGACAACAGGAGCCAAUAUUAAUGAAGCAGAUGACUGGGGACGCACCCCUUUGCACUAUGCUGCUGCUUCUGACAUGGACCGAAAAAGAAAGAAUAUUUUAGGUAAUUCCCAUGAAAAUGCUGAAGAACUUGAAAGAGCCAGUGAGAUGAAGGAAAAAGAAGCUGCACUGUGUCUAGAGUUCCUCCUACAAAACGAUGCCAAUCCAUCCAUCCAAGACAAAGAGGGGUACAACACUGUGCAUUAUGCUGCUGCAUAUGGGCACCGGCAGUGUUUGGAACUGAUUGGAAGCAAAACUCCAUUGGAUAUACUUUUGGAAAAAAACAACAAUUUGUUUGAGGAGUCUGAUUCCACAGCUACAAAAAGUCCUUUGCAUUUAGCUGCCUAUAAUGGUCAUCAUCAAGCCUUGGAGGUACUUCUCCAGUCUCUGGUAGACCUGGAUAUUAAGGACGAGAAGGGACGUACUGCUUUGGACCUGGCUGCAUUCAAAGGGCAUGCAGAGUGCGUGGAAGCUCUCAUCAGUCAGGGUGCUUCUGUUACUGUAAAAGACAACGUCACCAAAAGGACCCCUCUCCAUGCUUCAGUCAUUAAUGGCCACACACCAUGCUUAAGGCUGUUGCUAGAAGUUGCGGACAACCCUGACGUAACUGACGCCAAAGGACAAACCCCACUUAUGCUUGCAGUGGCAUAUGGGCACAUCGAUGCUGUCUCCUUAUUACUUGAAAAAGAAGCGUCUGUAGAUGCAGCUGAUCUCCUGGGAUGCACAGCUCUACAUCGAGGGAUUAUGACUGGGCAUGAAGAGUGCGUUCAGAUGCUAUUAGAGAAGGAAGUCUCUAUUUUGUGUAAGGAUGCCAGAGGCAGAACACCUCUGCACUUUGCAGCAGCUCGGGGUCACGCCACUUGGCUGAGUGAGUUGCUGCAGAUAGCACUGUCAGAGGAAGACUGCAGCCUGAAAGAUAACCAAGGUUAUACACCGCUGCACUGGGCUUGCUACAAUGGUCAUGAAAACUGCAUAGAGGUACUCUUGGAACAAAAACUUUUCCGCACGUUCUAUGGUAAUAGCUUCUCUCCAUUGCACUGUGCUGUAAUCAAUGAUCAUGAAAACUGUGCAUCACUGCUCAUUGGGGCCAUCGAUGCCAGCAUUGUCAAUUGCAAAGAUGACAAAGGAAGAACACCCCUCCAUGCAGCAGCCUUCGCAGACCAUGUGGAGUGCCUCCAGCUCCUCCUGAGUCACAGCGCACAAGUGAACGCUGCAGAUCACACAGGGAAAACGCCUCUGAUGAUGGCAGCUCAAAAUGGUCACGUAGGUGCUGUAGACUUUUUGGUGAACAUUGCUGAGGCUGACCUGACAUUAAAAGACAAGGAGCUGAAUACAUCUUUGCACUUGGCUAGUGGUAAAGGUCAUGAAAAAUGUGCCUUGUUAAUACUUGACAAGAUACAAGAACAGAGCCUUAUUAAUGCAAAAAAUAAUGCAUUGCAGACACCCCUCCAUAUUGCUGCACGGAAUGGCUUAAAGAUGGUGGUUGAAGAGUUGCUAGCCAAAGGGGCAUGUGUCCUGGCAGUAGAUGAAAAUGGGAGAAGAGACCAACAUCCACCUCACUUCAGGGAGUUGUAGAGGUUUCUAGGUCAAAUGGACCAAGACCCUCCUCUGCAACAGAUGUACAAAAGGAAGAAUGAGACUCUCUAAACAAAAACAAACAAAUCAGCAAACAAAAAAGCUCUCAUGAAUUAACCAGCUGUACCAAGAGGACCAAAAUGCUUCGGUGAUGAAAUGGAAGACUUUGCUACUUUUUUUUUUUCUUCAAAUGUGAGUGACAUAAGGAAGUAUUUUUUUUCUAAACCACAAAAACUGUUGAGGUAAUGAGUAGUCUCGAAUGAAUUUUACAUUUUAUGACGCAGGUUUCAAAUCAACAUUUGUAACUGAGGAUGUGUUGACCACAGGUUUUGGGUUUCUUUGGGGUUUUCUGGACUAAAGAAGACUUCUUAUAAUUUUAAUGUGAAUGUGUUGAUAUUUAUUUGAAAUUAAACAAAUGCCAAGGAAAAAAUAACUAACUAUGGCUUGUUCUCCUAGUUAGCAUUCGUGCAUGCUGUUUGGCAUGGUGCGAAAUGAAAUGUGAAUCUAGGCAGGACUGAUGGCCUGAGUAGAAAAAGGAAAGGCCACGGAGGGUGCCCGUCUUGGUGUAUGGGACGUGAAGAUAAAUUCUGGUGAAAAGCAGAUAGCAAACCGCCUUCCCUCAUUUAAAAGCGUAAGAAAGGGAAUCCAAGUCCUUGGUAGACAAGUGAGAGAAGACUCUACAGCUACAGCAAAGUGGGGAAGAGAUAGUGUAGUAUGGAGUUGGUGUUGGAAGUUCCUGCAAGCCUGCAUCUGUGCUGGGAGAAGAAGAAGAGUUUCCUCAGUGCACGCUUUCAGCAGGGUAAAUGAGUGGUUUAGCUGCAGUUUUUAGCCACAUUCCACUGAAGUGAUAAAAAAAAAAAAAUCUAUUGGCAGACUCCAGUUCUUUCCUUAGGGAAAAAUAUGUAUAUAUUAAGUUCAUAUUGCCUUGCUCAAAUUAAACAUUGUUUCCUUGAACAUUGGCUAGAAUUGAAUAUUGUUUGAUUGAACAUCAGGUAAAGUUAAAUAUUGUUUCCUCAAACUCUGGGCAACAUUAAAUAUCGUUUCCUUGAACAUGAGUAAAUUUCCAGAGAUUACAACAGCCAACCACAAAUGAUAGAGUCUCUAAAGA